CGAAAAAUGGCUAACAAAACAUUCAGAGAGGCUAGCUCAGUACAUGGAAGGAAUCCACAACACCUCAUUGAGAACGUUAUAAGACAGAGAAUAUAUGAAUCUGCAUAUUGGAAAGAGCAAUGUUUUGCGUUAACUGCCGAAACUAUCAUUGAUAAGGCUGUUGAGAUGCAAUCUAUCGGUGGUGUAUACGGGAAUCUACGGCCAUUACCUUUCAUUUGCUUACUAUUGAAACUAUUACAAUUACAGCCUGAACCUGAAAUCAUAUUGGAAUACCUACAAGCAGUCGAGUUCAAAUAUCUCAGAGCAUUAGCUGCAAUGUAUACACGUUUAUGCUUCAAUAGCUAUCAAGUCUUCGAUAUACUAGAACCACUUUUACAGGAUUACAGAAAGUUACGCUUGAGAAACAAUUCUGGAUAUCACAUCACACAUAUGGACGAAUUCGUUGAUGAACUACUCACAGAAGAACGUGUAUGCGAUAUUAUCCUACCAAGGUUGACGAAAAGAGACGUUCUAGAGCAGGUUCAUGGUUUACCAAUUCGCAAAUCACCUCUAGACGUUGAAGAUGAUAACAGUGAGAACGAGGAUGAUAACAUUUCCGAUAGAUACGUCAGUAGAUCCCCAAGUCCUGCCUCAGAUGCCGGCUCAGAUAGAUACCUCAGUAAAUCACCUUCUGGCUCACCUGUACCUCAAGGCGAAGAAGAAGAAGACCGUUAUAUAUCACGCUCUCCAAGUCCUGUAUCUGACGCGUAAUUAAGUAUUUGUACAAUAGUAGUAAC